CAGGAGGAGUUGAGGCGGUGCUGCCCGCCCUUCCUCCUCCUCCUCCUCCUCCUCCUCCGUCUCCGUGCCCCAGCCGGACGGUGACAGAGCGGCGGAGCCAGCCGCCAGCGCCGCCGCCAGGGCCCCUCAGCCGCCGCCAGGGCCCGGGGGAGCAGCCGGCGCUGCCGCUGGCCAUGGUGGCCCGCCUGCCGCCGGGAGGGCAGGAGCAGGCGCGGCGGCGGCGGCCGCCAUUGCGCGCGGGGGCCGCGGGACUAUGAAGGAUGGAAGCGGACGAGGUGACGAUCCGCGAGCAGAACUUCCACAGCCAAGUGCGGGAGUACACGAUCUGUUUUCUCCUGUUUGCUGUUCUCUACAUAGUUUCCUACUUCAUAAUCACAAGAUACAAAAGGAAAGCAGAUGAGCAAGAGGAUGAAGAUGCCAUUGUUAACAGAAUAUCGCUGUUCUUGAGCACCUUCACUCUAGCAGUUUCAGCUGGUGCAGUCCUGCUUCUACCUUUCUCAAUAAUCAGCAAUGAGAUCCUGCUUUCUUUUCCACAAAACUACUAUAUUCAGUGGUUAAAUGGCUCACUAAUUCAUGGUUUAUGGAAUCUUGCUUCUCUUUUUUCGAAUUUAUGUUUGUUUGUGUUGAUGCCCUUUGCCUUUUUCUUCCUGGAAUCGGAAGGAUUUGCUGGCUUAAAAAAGGGCAUCAGAGCACGCAUUUUGGAAACCCUUGUCAUGCUUAUUCUUCUUGCACUGCUUAUCCUUGGAAUUGUAUGGGUGGCUUCAGCACUCAUAGACAAUGAUGCUGCCAGUAUGGAGUCUUUAUAUGACCUCUGGGAAUUCUACCUCCCGUAUUUAUAUUCCUGUAUAUCACUGAUGGGAUGCUUGUUACUUCUGUUAUGCACACCAGUGGGACUUUCACGGAUGUUUACAGUAAUGGGUCAGUUGCUCGUGAAGCCAACAAUCCUUGAAGACCUAGAUGAGCAGAUGUAUAUCAUCACUUUAGAGGAAGAAGCAAUUCAGAGGAGGCUUAAUGGUAUAUCUUCCACAGUGGAAUACCAGAUAGUAGAGUUGGAACGGGAGCUUGAAAAAGUAAAAAGCAAGAAAACGAAUCUAGAACGGCGGAAAAAAGCUUCUGCUUGGGAAAGGAAUUUAGUCUAUCCAGCUGUUAUGAUAUUGCUGUUAAUUGAGACGUCCAUCUCAGUCCUCUUAGUUGCUCUCAACAUUCUUUACCUGUUGGUUGAUGAGACUGCAAUGCCAAAAGGAUCAGGGGGGCCUGGAAUAGGAAAUGCCUCCCUAUCCACCUUUGGUUUUGUGGGAGCAGCACUUGAGAUCAUUUUGAUUUUCUAUCUUAUGGUAUCCUCUGUCGUCGGCUUCUACAGUCUUCGUUUUUUUGAAAAUUUCACUCCCAGGAAGGAUGACACAACUAUGACAAAGAUCAUUGGAAACUGUGUCUCAAUCUUGGUGCUGAGCUCUGCUUUGCCAGUGAUGUCAAGGACACUGGGAAUCACCAGAUUUGAUCUGCUUGGAGACUUUGGAAGGUUUAACUGGCUGGGGAACUUCUAUAUUGUAUUAUCUUACAACUUGCUCUUUGCUAUCAUGACAACAUUAUGUCUGGUCAGAAAGUUCACUUCUGCUGUGCGAGAAGAGCUCCUGAAGGCAUUAGGAUUAGAUAAACUUCAUCUGUCAAACAAUCCUAGAGACUCGGAGACCAAGCCGUCUGCAAAUGGGCAUCAGAAAACACUGUGAUUAACAAUCACCUGCAAUCGACAGAGCUGAAAACAUCAACCUCAUGGCAUUCCUGUCAUCUCAUCAGCAUUUUUAUAUUGAUUUUAUUUGUUGAUAAUUUGGGUCCAACCUGGUCUCAUUUUUUGAUGCUGUGUGCUUCUGAGGAAGUUAGGUAUAUCAGAUUCUUCUCUUUCCAGUGAACUUUUGGUCUGCUUGUUUAUUUCCCAGUAAGUUAAUGCAGGAGGUGCCUUGAAGACUGGAAGCUGAAGAGAAUAAUGCAUUCCUUUUUAUUUGUUGAUGGUCUCACAUCUUUAGAUAUAAACCUGCUACCAUUUGAAUGCACUGUACCUCCUGUGUUAAACAGACACAGCUAUAAAGAAUAACUUUGGGAUUUGGUUAAAAAGAAAAAAAAAAAAGAAGAAAAAAAGAUACACUUGAAGCCCAAUAUGACCCUUACUGGCAAUGUAAACUACCUGGAGUAGGUAUCCUUGACAAUAGACAAACAGUUCCACUAAGAACGUGUUAAAAAUGAUGGUGACCGGUAGAGAUCACAGUUCCUUUCACACCGGAUACAGCAGGCUGCUCAUAGCCUAAUGUCACGAAGCUUUCUUGGAAGGCCAGCGUUUUCAGCUUUCUGUUCUUAGCUAUAAAUGCCAGGUUGCUUUACUGGUAGUCAGACAAUGUCUUACUGAAUAGAGUGAAGUACAAGAUGAAGAUUAACUUCAGUGUUAAAUCUGAGCCUAGUAUGCUUUGUAAAAAGCUGUGUAGACCCCCUGUCACAGCUCUUACAGUUCUGUAAGCUAUUGUGCCAUGGAGGUUGCUUACCCUACCAAGUACAUCCCUGUAAAAUUCUUUAUGAACUACUGUGUAUAAGCAGUACUUGUAAUCAAUGCAAGUAGCACAGGCCUAUGAGGCUGCAGUUGCAGUUUUUUACAAUCUACUUUAAUUUGAAGUAAAUUAUUUCUCUGAAUUUAUACAAUAGUUACCAGGAUUUCUGUUCAGUGGCAUAACCCAGUAUCUUUCACUAGCCUGUUUUUUAAUGUAUACAUGAAGAUGUGUAUAGGCCUAUAUGUGUAGAUAUCGUAAAUUAAAUUCUAAGCUUAUAGAGGUGACAUAGGUGGCUUGGUAAGUGAAACUUGUGUGUUCAAUCUUGGUAGUAUGAAUUUCUGCAGUGUUACAGUUUAACUGCUCAGAGGCCUUAGAUUCAGGAUGGCAUUGGUGGGUGGUAAUGUCCUUUUUCUUAGCAUUACUGCAGCCUUAGGAAUCCUUUAAGCAGUUUAUAGUAAAGAAAAAACCCAUGAGCCAAACCCCAAGUAAUUAUGCAAAAUCUGUUGCACUUUUGUCCUGCUCUGCCACAAGUAAUCUUCAGAUUGGAACAGGGACAACUUCAGUGUGUGCCCGUUAUGUAGCGAGUCAGGUGACGUUCCUGUUUAUUUCCCAUUUUGUAAAACAAGUACGUCUGUCUGUAGUUUGAGGUCUUAUGUGAUCAGGCGGUGACAACUAGCUCUCCAGUGUGGUUCCAAAAUAAGAUAAACCUUGUGUCAGAAACAGUUUGGCUGUUCUGCUGAGAUGACUGCUCUGGGCUGUAGACCUUAGUGCUGUGUGUGUGUGAAUGUGAGUUGUUUUGGUCGUGUGUCGUUCCCUCCCCCCCCCGAGCACUUAAAAAAUCAAGCUCCAGUAUACAUGAGGAUUUCUCAGUUAUUUUUGUAGCUGCCUUUUCUGUCUUGAACUGGGGCAUAAUAUAAAUAUUGCUGUAGUAAAUAUGAUGCUAGAGAGUUACUUUUUUUGUGUGUCAUGAGUACAAAUUCAAGGCUUGUUAAACUGACUAUUGAUGUGUUGUACUGAGUCUUGGAAGACAAAGUAAAAUCGCUUGAUUUCACUAAGGUUUACAAGCAUCUUUUCUGUUGUUUGAGUUGAAUGCUGACAUUUUAGUGAGAAAUCUUUAUCUGAGUCAAAGUUCUGCGACCAAGAACAGGGAGCUGUAAUUAGAAGUUGUUUCAAAAUGUGUUUACAUUUAAAAUAUUGGGAGAUCUAUUAUUAGGGGCAUCAUUCAGGUAUUCUCAGAGCUUGUAGCCUUAUGUAUUAGCAUUAUAGUUAAAAAUAACUGAAAUGUAUCCACUUGUCCAUGCAAGUGAGUGUAUGACCAAAAUUGUUCUCAUGUCUUAAUGGGGCUGGUGAAUUGUGGUGUGUGAGGCUAGUUAGCUUUAUUAAAGUAUUUCUAUUACAACUUUAAGACAGUUAAUUUCAAUACACUCUGAAACUGAAGGAAUGAAUUUAAGGAAUAAAUCUAGGGAGUGUGAACCAGCGUAGGUCUUGCUCUUCAUGCUUUUGGAGAGAUGUUUGUCCUGGCAUCAGUGACCCAAGAACACAGAAAAAGAUGGGAUUAUAAUGUGUGUGUGGUUUCUGAAAGUGAGUUGGGCCAUUACUUAAACUGAGCAGAGCUAUUUCCUGCUGAUAAGCACACAAGUUUCAGGCAAGACUUUAAAACUCUCAAAUGUUACAGCCUUUCCUGUUGCCACCCCUUCUGCUGGAUUCUGCGGUCAGAGAGAUGUACAGGUUAAGGCCACGUUAGUGAAGAUUUUACACUGAAAUAUGGAGGAUGGUUAAGAUGCUGUGUGGUUGAGAAAUUCAGAACUACCCUGUGCAACUACUGACACCGUUUUGUUUUAAAAUCAGCUGUUUAUAUUGUGACGCUGUACACAUUAAAAUAUGCCUUUGGCCUUGAAAAUGACAUGCUUAUGCAAAACUUCUUUACAGAUACAAUGCUACAAAUAUACUACGUGUAAGAUACAGGUCACUAUAUACUUUUCACAGAAGCAUAUGGUCACUUAAAUACAAGCAACUGGUAAUUCAUUAAUGGAUAUUGACAAUACAUUCCUAGUAUUUUGACUCAUGUAGAGUCAGGUGGUCUAUACCUUCAAGGUAUAUACAGCUGAUCUUAGUAACAUUAACAUCUGCCUCACUUCUUACGAGGCAAAAAGCACAUAAAUGCUUCCAUCUUCACAAGAUACCACACAAGACCAAAAAGUAGAUGUAAACCAAGUGUUUUAAGUUAGCCGUUUCUUGGCUUUAGUCUGUGUUGGUAGCACAAUAUUAAAUGCAGUGGCAGAACUGUAAUAUUGUGGGAUUUCUAAGCAUAAAGCACACAUACUUACUACUUUAAGCUAAAAAAAUAAUAGUAAUGGUUACUGUACAAGUAACAGUUUUUGCAUUCAUAGGAAGCUUUGUUUACUAUCUGUCAUGUGAUGUUUAUCUCUGGCCCUGUUCCUCCAGUACCUUUUACCCUGUUGACUGUUUCAGUGUCAUAGAAAUUAAAGGAUUUGACAAGUUGUUUUCCUUGCCUGGUUCCAAAGUACCACCUCAAGUACCAGAGAGGCACGGCUGUGCGCUGCAGUGGAGCCUGCCCAGACAGGAGCUGGUGCAGCCGUGUGCUUAGUGGGAUGGACACGUGAGCGGGUGCUGCAGGGUGCCGCCUUCUCCAGCAUGCCGCCAGGAGUGACGAGUGCGAAGGGGGCUGCGGCCCUCGUCUGUCCCACCAGGUCUCUCCUGCUUGCCCGUAUGUCUCUGCAGCAGCUGAUGCUACUUCGGGUGCUCACAUGUGCCCACUGCUGUGUAGUAAAGACAAGAUGGCCCUUUUCUUAAAUAAUUUACAAUCUAAAUUAGAAAGGAAUAAGGUAGAAACAAAGGGCAGUUGGCUUCUUCAUGCAUGUGACUUUCCUUGAAUUUUGUAAGAAUGUUCUAGGUUGUUUUCCUUUCUCUUUCUUUUCCUCCUCUUCCAGAAGCGGGAUGGGCUCAGGUGGUGUACGUACAGCAGCUGAGCCUUACGCUUAGUGAACUAGCAUCUACGAUUUUGAAAUACCAAACACAGGAAGACAGCUAAAUCCUGUUGUUUUACAUAUACUCUCAUUUUUAAAAUAGUAAUUUUUAAAAUCUAUGUAAAGUCAUUUAAGCACAGACAGCACACUAAGGCCGUGUUAAUAACCUCUUUUUAAAGAAAUGUGUUUAGUUUUGUUUAAAAAAGUGUUGAUGUGAACUGUGAACCUUUAAAUGCUUUAAGGAAAUAGGAUCCCUUACCCCCUAGCAUUAAUAUUUUUGUUGUUAUUUUAGUGCUGACUUGAGACAAUAUCGCAUACACUAACUUCCCUCCCCAUCCUGUAUAUUUCAGGAGCUGAAAUCUUGAGCUCCUGAAUAUUGAAUUCAGUCUUGGUAAACUGGCAAGUUAUUUCAGUCGCAUUAACAGGAUUUGAACUUUACAAAAACGCUGCUUUUGAAUUCGUCCCGUUCAGGGAGAGCAAUCUAAGCCAACAGCCGUCACCCCGAUGGUGAUAACCUCUGCCACCUUUUUCUACCUUACCCAGUGCCUUUACCUCAGGCAAACGGUCUCUGACACUGUCGUAAGAAGUUGUGACGCUCCUUUUCUGUUCAAGGCGUGAGGAGAUCAGCCUGUGGUUUGUCCAUCUGCCAGAUGCAGUUCUAGUUGCUGAAUCGGGUUAUUCUUGAUUGGGAUUGCAGACUCUCGGGGUUUCCAGGUGAUGGGUGUGCGUGGUCUUGUGCUUUUCACUUGCAGCUCUGUUCUGUUGGGGCUAAGAAGUCAUUCAGGAUUUUCUGGUUGUACAUUUCUGCGUGGGCCAUUCUGUGCUUGAAUGGCUGCUUGCUGUCUCAAGAAUGCUGCAUGCUUCUGAAUAGAACCGUGUCCUCCCCCAGACCACAGCCAGAGAGGAUGUCCUACAAGUUUCAUUUUAACAAUUAAAGCCUGAAAAUAUCGGUCAGAAUCUGAGGAAGGAGAACACAUCUUGUGGGGAAUUAACACUAAAUGUGACUUCCAGAAUCCCUGCCGUGCCCAGUAAUUGGGGGGUGGGUGGGAAUGACAUGGAGCUCACUGGUGCAUGCAGUCUGUUUUCCAUUCUUUUUCUAGUCGAUCUUUAAAAUUCCAUAUUACUAAAAAUAUAUUUAAAAUCCUUAAGUUCAUGAAAUUCAGGGGCUGAUGAAACUUUUUCUAAAUCUGGCCUUAAUUCUUGGAGAUAUAUAACAUCUUGGCUUCCUUUUUUUUAAUAAAAAGUCUUUCAGCAUCUUAUUUGGUGGCAUUGAUGUUAAGAACAGACACUCUCCUCGAUGUAGACAAAACAUGAAAUAACAGAACAAGAAGAAUCCAUGUGGAUCAUAUGAUCUGUAAGAAUACAUACCAGAAGGAAACCUAAAUGGGAAGGUUUUUUUGAAAUGUUUCACAAUUGAAGCACCUAAACCUCUUCUUUCAAAGAGAAAGAAGAAACACAUGUAUCGUUAGUAUAUGAAAGUUAAUUGUAUGUUCUCUAAAUAUGCCAGUAACUCACUAACACUGAACAGAACUUCAUAAAUUCUUAAGAUCUGUUUUGUGAUUCACAGUGCAACUGUAUCCUUGACUUUAAAUUUAUAGAAGCCUGUGAACUUUUGAAGAUGCCUCUGUCUUGGCAACAGAAAACCUGAGGAUGCUUGCUAGUUCUGUAUUAAUUACCAUAUUUUUCUAAGUAACUUUUUCAGUUUCAUUUAUUGUUCAUAGAUUUAUUUUUUUUAUAUAGAUAGCAUUAAAUGUUUUAACAAAUAUAGAAGGUGACUCCAAACAGUCAAAGGGAUAGUGUCAGAAAUAUCCUGUAAAUGUUGAUAAUCCUGACAUAUCUAAUUCCAAGCUAUUUAAAAGCUAUAUCUGUAUGAAGGCCUCACAUAAACAUAGAAAUUAGGAAAUCCCAAUUCUUAAAGGCUUUAGGUAUCCGACUAUUCAUUUGUACCUACAUGAGCACUUUGGGAUACUGCUUCUAAAUUGUUUCUGAAUAUUUGUUGUAUACUAACCUCAAGUGUUGCUAUUGCUUACACCCUCCCACCCCCCAUUACAUGAAGUUUUAUAGUCAGCAUCACUGGGUGAAGCUCCUUUCACGAACAGUGCUUUAUUUUGCAUUCCUCAUCUAUUCAGUGCUUCCAUAGAUACCAGCUAUUGAAGUAUCAGGGCACUUGCUUUGAUUUUAAUACAUUUCUUUUCCCACAUCGUCUAUCCAGAGACAUUCCCUAGUUAGAACUGUUCUUCCAUUAUUGAAAAUGUUAGUAUUUAUUCAUUCAUUUGUACUUGGAUCUGUUUUUUACUACUAGAUUCCAUUAAAAGAAUCCUGUCAUUAGAGUGGGUCCUCUAACAAAUUACCAAGAGCUCAUGUGAGUUUGAAUCAGGAGCAAGAUGAAAAUGGUUUAGUCAUUGCAUAUGUACAUAUGCUUUUAGCUUUCAGUAGUGUGAGGCAACCAGCCCACUUCUCGGUGAGAGUGUAACGUGCUGGUACGGCCGAUUUGAGCCCGUGCUGAUGGCAGUUACUCCGGAGUAGCUGGUGUUCUGUGGAACAGCUCUUCAGUUAUCUUCUUGUAAUUUGUAGAGUAAGACUGCAGCCCUUGAUGUGCCUUGCUGCCUUAAUCGAUUGGAGAUCGACACGUGUCGUUCCGGUGUGUUGGCAGCGUGUAACUCUUUCAUGUUUUGAUCAAAGUCAGACUUUGCAUGGUGGCAAGGUAAGACUCCUCAUGUGUUUUCUGUACCGUUUGCAUUUUGUGCGUAUGAGCAUGUUUUGGACCUUCUCUCUCCAUGUAAAAUGAUAAUUCAGAAAAGCAGUGUGAUGGCGGUACCUGUAUUGUGAAUACGAUGGAUGUGUUUAAAUGCUUAAGGAGAAAAUUAACUGGUGCAUGACUUCUGUUUUCCUCUUAACCAUAAGUUUUCCCAGUCUGGGCGAAAAUACUUAGAUUCACAAAACCCGUGUGGGUAACUUCCUCCUCCCUGGCUUUAUAUAACAAAACAAAGUUGAGCCACUUUUCAUUUUUUAAAGGUAGGUUUCAAAGUAUUUUUGUCUUAUUUAGCCUGACUUCUAUUGCUUUAAAAACAAACGGAUAGAAAAUGAAGAUACACGUGGGUCAUGGAUUUGAAAUCUUGAAGUGUAUGAAACACAUAGUUGUACACAAAAAAUAUGGCUAGAUUUCCUUUACUUUCUUGUGGGGUUAGGAACCCAACCCUGCGUUACCUAAAGAGAAAACACGCGUUGCUCUUGUCUUCACGAAGCUCUGUCUGGAAAAUUCCCACUGAGGAGACUGAGAAUAUUCUCAGAGUGCUGCUGGCCAUCUCGUCACACGGGAUCAGCUUCAUGUGGACUUGGGUGACGUGACCAUAAAAAUACAGUUCUGAACUAGCGUUUCUAUGGAUGUUGCUACUGCUGGCGCUGUACAAUGGCAGCAGGUAUCUUCUGUCAUGCACUUUCAGGUUUUCACUGCAGUGUUACUGGUUAAGAUUUCAGUUUACAAAAAAAAAUGAUGCACAAUCUUAACUGUGUGAGGCUGAGAGAUGUUGAAUGGAAUCAGCGGUCCCCUCGUGGUCCAGUUUGAGCUUAGGGCUUUGUAAACUCUGCAGUCUUGAGCAACUGAUGUUCCUUUCAUGUGGAUGUAUCUUGGACCAAGGUAAAAUAUAGCUGAAAAAUUAUGCUUUUAGUGUUACUUUAAUGAGAAAAAUUUUCUGUGUACAUAACCUUCUCCCCACCAAACCCUUCCUGGAUUAUUUUAGGUUAUCCAGAAAUAGGUUUUAUAAUGUUCUCAGUUGUGGAUACUUUACUGUGUUACAAAACUAAAUGAAAAUACUUGCCGCUUUAGCCAGGUUGAAUUUUUUGUGAAAAGCAGUGGUAAUGUGUUUUUUCCUUUGUUUGAAAUGUUACACUGAAUGUUUUGUAGGAUGAUUUUUUUUCUUACUGUGUUUUCAAUAAAGUUAAAGUGUGAUUCAUA